AUGCAUCAUGAUUGGUCCCCUGCCGGGAGACACUUUAGGACGGUCCCUGAUCCACACCUCGCAUCUAACACGGUUGUGGAGGGGUUUUUUCAUUUGCAUACACCAGCUGUAUCAAACAUUGCCCCUUCACAACAAUGGAGCGCAGAACAGCUUGCCCAAAUUGCUCAUGAGCAACAUUUGGACUUUGUAUUGGUCCUUGGUGACUUUAUUUAUGCUGACUCACCUCCCUACGCUGGAAAUUGUGUACAAAUCUUUGGAGAAAGUACCAAAAAUCUUACACAAGCGCAAGAUGGGAAAAGGACUAUUCGUAUCUAUGAUGAUUGUGAAAUCUACAACGGCUGGGCAGGUCAAGACACCAACACGGACCCAACCUUCCAACCAGCAAACAAAGCAUACAAGCAUUAUCUCGGCAAUGCCAAUUAUGAUGGGCCUGGAAAGGGCAAGAACUAUUGCUGGUUUUGGUAUGGUGAUUUUUUGUAUGGGACUGUUGUUGUUAUCGACAUCCAAACCAAAGUUUGA